CCGAUUACAAUUUUUUGACUCGGUAGCGGUAGUCAUAAUGCAUAAAGAGAAACAAUCAUUGAUAACCUAUAAAUUAAUUGUUUUCUUGUCAAACUGGAACAAAUUUCACCAUUUAUUAUUAUGAUUUAUAUCCAAAUAGUGCCCAAAAUGAAUUGAUUCAAUUACAUUCUUUAUAAAUUCAGUUUAUAUUGUCUGAAUUAGAAUUUCAAAAAUGAGUAAUCAAAUUGUUGAUCCAAGUGGAGAUCAAAUUCAAGAGAACAUAGCUUGUUGGCAAGAUCCAAUAAAUCCAUUGGCACCAUUAACUGAGGAGCAACAAGAUUUGAUUUAUCAGAUUGAAGAUAUCAUUAAAGAAUGUUACUUCGGAGAUGAAUUAUCUGUGAAACAUGCAGAAUCGCAAAAUCAGACUAAACCACCUCUAAUAGAUUCAAAUAAAAUGUUUAUAAAAUGGUUCACACGAGUUGAAAAUGAGGUGAGAAAUGAAACAAUGAAUGAAUUCCAAAGUUACUAUAGUAAAUUGAAAAAGCAAGAUGCUGAUGUGGAGAAAUUAUUUCAAAAUGCCUGUGAAUCGAAUAUAUAUUUGGAAACCCUCCUUCAAACUCAUAAGCAAGUAAUCACAAAGACUGAUUAUCUGCAUGAUUUAAGUGAAGAUUUAAUGAAGCAACAAAGACUUCUAAAAACUAAAAAAGAGGAAUUGAAUAACGAACUGAAAUAUUUUAUCAGACCAGAAGAUUUAUCAAAUGAGAUAAACAAUGUUAACUCUAAAUCGUUCACAGAAACCUUAGAUUCAAUAAUCGAUAGUAUUGAUAACUUGAAUAUUCGGCAAUGUUACAAAGAAGCCAGAAUAUAUAAAAUGAGAAAUGAAAGUCUUCUGAUAUCACUAUUAAAUGAGGUGUACAAAUUAUUUCAUCAGGUGAUAACAGAAGCAAGCAGGCAGAUUAUAGACCCCGAAAAUAAAUCUAUAGGCAUUGCAGACCACGUGGCUACUAAUGAUUUGAAUGCAGAAACUUCAUAUUCUUUGUAUUAUGGGAAAUUUCAAAGUGCAGCACAUAAAGUUGCCAUAAUUAUUUCAUAUCUUGAAGAUAAUAAUGAUAAAAAUGAAAACUUCAAGAAUACUCUCCUUGAUUGUCACAAAAUGUAUCUUUCUGAAAGAUUACCUUUAUUAACUGCAGCUGUAUCUAAAGCUUUGAAUGAGAUUAAAGAAAAAUAUAAAAACGAUUAUAGCAUCUUAUUUAGAUCAUGUGGAUUAUUUGUAAUGAAAGUUUGUCAGGAUGAAGUUAAUUGUUUCCAAUAUUUUUUUAAAAACUCAUCUGAACAAUUUGAUAAUUAUCUUGGAGUAUUAUGUCAAAGUUUAUAUGAUAUUUUAAGGCCUUGUUUAAUUAUAGUCAACCAUAUUGAAAUCUUGAGUGAACUUUGUGGAAUUCUGCGAAAAGAAUUGUUGAGUGACAGGGUAUUAAGUAAUACAUCCUUAAAGAAAUACACUGAAACGAUGAAUCAAUUGUUGGAGGAUAUAGAAGAAAGAUUAGUAUUCAGGACAAACAUUUUCUUCCAGCAUGAUCUUCUAGGAUAUGUUCCUUCUUCAGGAGAUCUUGCGUAUCCUGAAAAAUUAAUACAAAUGGAAAACAUAGCGAUGGAACUUCAAGAAUAUCACAGAACUGAAUCUAGAUCUUCAGUUGUAUCUUUAGAAUCUCAAGAGGUUUCAAAUAUAAAUGCUGGAUCAGUAAAUCAUUUCCGGUCAUAUACUGGUAAUUCACCAGCAGAUCUUCAUGCUAUGUGGUAUCCAACAGUUAAAAGAACUUUAGUUUGCUUGUCACGAUUAUAUUUUUGUUUAGACAAGGAAACAUUUCAAGGUUUAGCUCAGGAAGCAUUAGCGAUCUGUAUCAAGACUGUACAAAAAGCUGCUGAUUUGAUUUCUAAAAGAAAAUCAAAAAUUGAUGGAUGCUUAUUUCAGACUAAACAUUUACUAAUUGUUAGAGAACAGAUAGCACCUUUUCAAGUAGAUUUCACAGUAAAAGAAGUAGGUCUGGAUUUUAGUAAUGUUCAAAAAGCUGCCAUGCAUUUGAUAAGCCAUCGAGAUAAAAUAUUUUCUUUUGGGACCAAUAAUGCAUUAUUGGAAUUUCUAUUGGAAGGAACACCAAAAGUGAAAGAAUACUUAAUAGAUUCACGUAAGGAAGUGGAUAAACAAUUAAAAUUCUCUUGUGAAGAAUUUAUUUCAUACUGUACAAAUCUUCUGGUGGGUGAUUUGUUGAAAUUUUCAAAUAAUGUGGAAAAUUUUAUGAGAGCGCUUGAAUUACCUGUAAAUAAAGAAAACACAGAUGUUAAAAAUCAAGAGUGGGCAAGACCUGUACAAAUAUCUAAAGUAGUGAAUGAAACUCAAAAGAAUAUCAAAAUCAAAGUACCAGAAAUUCAAAGAUCAAUGCAACUAUAUUUAGCUAAUCGUGAAACUGAGUUCAUUCUAUUCAGACCUAUUAAGAAUAAUGUUAUAAAUGCGUUCAUUAAUUUGGAACAAAUUCUAACAAUCCAUAGAUAUUCUUCUGAAGAUCAGCUGCUUAUAGGGUGUCCAUCUGCAGUACAGAUAGGUGUUUUGCUUUCAUCUGUUUCCUUAACAUCUGAAGUUGAGAAAAUAGAUAGUAUUAAUAAUUGAAUUCAUUAACAAUAUUUAUGUGUAAAUAUCUUUGAAAUUGGUAAAAUUUGUUGCAUUUUUGUUAUCUAUAUUGUUCAUUUUAGAAAUGAAAAAAUGAAAAAUUAAAAUUACAUUAAAAUAAUAAAUAUUAUAAUAUAUGUUAUAUAAUAUAAAUAUAUCUAUGGGAUUAAUAAAAGAAAAUAAAACGUA